AUGUUGAAGGUGCCGAUUCUGCUCUUUCUUUUGGGAAGCGCAUCACUCUGGGUCCUGGCAGAAGGAGCCAGCACAGCCCAACCAGAAGAUGACAUCGUGACCCCUGGAGUAGAACAUGGCAUGGUGACCCAAGGCGCAGACAUAGUGACUGCAAGUAUUAGUGAAAAGUUUGACUUUACUGACAGUACAACUCUGGUGCCAACCAGUGUCGAGAGUGUGACACAGAAUCACAUUGAGGAUCUGUCAACCUUCCAAAGCACCGUCCAUGGUCAAGAAGAAAGCCAGAGCACCACAGCCCCGGAUGGUUCCUCCGUGGCAACUGGUUCCUCUGUGGAGAAAUGGGGUGAACAAACACAGACAACAGUUGAGAAAGAUGGUUUGCCAACAGCAACCCUGGUUGGAAUCAUAAUCGGGGUCUUAGUAGCCAUUUGUCUAGUUGGUGGGAUCAUCGUUGUGGCUGUGCGAAAAAUGUCGGGAAGAUACUUGCCCUAG